AUGACGGACACUGCAAAUAUGACAAUAAGUGCUGCCCAGCUUGUGUAUUAUGCCCAGUUUGUAGAUGGACCUGCAUUAGCAGGGGUCUUCAUGAAUAUCAUGCUUUAUGGUGUUAUGAUUACCCAAAUCUUCUUCUAUUAUACAACUUAUACCAGAGACAAUGUCUGGUUGAAGUACUAUAUAUACAACACUCUGAUCAAUAAUUUUGGCAAUGUAAAUGCAAUCUUGUAUGCCAACUGGUUGUUUGAAACAGAGGAAGUGCUAGCUGGGUUUAUUGGAUGGAUGGUUCAGAUGUUCUAUGCUUGGAGACUCUAUGUGCUUACUAGGAAAAAGUGGCUUGUCAUUGUAAUCAUGAUUUUAGCAUCUGGUUCAUGCUUAGCUGCAAUAGGAACUGCAAUCAACAUUGCACUGAAACCAUUCAUACCAAAUUUCUAUAAGUAUGAGGCAAUUGUUCUGAUAUGGCUGUCUCUAGCAGCUGUUACAGAUCUCAUCAUUGCUGUGUCUCUGGUGUGGUUUCUACGACAAAUGCAUUCAGACUAUUCAACAACAAGCACAAUUAUUAAUCAGAUUGUUCAAAUUACUUUGUCUAAUGGCCUCUUGACUGCAGGUUUUGCACUGGCUGAUAUUAUUGCUUUUAAGGCCUCAGUAUGUCUAUUCUAA